AAAGCUUUCCUCUCAGGUCAAAGCUGUCACUUUGGGUUUUUUCCCUUCUUUUAUAUUUUACAAUCUCUCUCCCUCAUCUCUCUCCCAUCUCUCUCUUUAUCUAUCAGACCAUGAGCAGGGAUUUAUAAAUCUCAAUCCCCACAGCAUCUCCUCUCUCUUUAUUCCUCUCCAUCUUCUCUUAUCUUCUCCUCUGUUCACAUUGCACAGUUUGGUCAGAGAGAUACAUAUACAUACACAUACAGUGAGGGAGUAAGAGUUUAAUGGUUGAUAUUUGCAUAUCAACCAUGCCUUCAUCUCCAUCUUCAUCUCUCACUUGUGCAGAAAAGAAGCCCUGGUGGCUUACCAACAAAAAGAUAGUUGAUAAAUAUUUGAAAGAUGCAAGAUAUCUCAUUGAGACUCAAGAACAGAGUGAAGUGGCUUCAGCUCUCAAUCUUCUUGACUCGGCCUUGACUCUUACACCAAAAUCUGAGUCAGCUCUCGAGUUAAAGGCUCGAUCUUUACUCUUUCUAAGGCGAUAUAAAGAUGUUGCUGAUAUGUUACAAGACCACAUUCCCAGUCUCAGAAUGUCAUCUUCUGAUGACAAUUCAUCGUCAUCAUCGUCUUCGUUGUCUUCUGAUAACUCGUCUCAUUCCAGAGAACGAGUUAAGCUUCUGUCUUCUGGCGACUCACCGGGUCGAGAUGAACCGAUUUUUAAGUGCUUCUCUGUAUCUGAUUUGAAGAAAAAAGUUAUGGCUGGGCUUUGUAAAAGCUCUGAGAAAGAAGGGCAGUGGAGGUACUUGGUUUUGGGACAAGCAUGUUGUUAUUUGGGACUAAUGGAAGAUGCUAUGGUACUUCUCCAGACUGGUAAACGGAUGGCUUCUGCUGCAUUUCGACGAGAAAGUGUUUGCUGGUCAGAUGACAGCUUCUUUUUCUCGAAAUUCCCUGUUUCUGGAGAAAUUAUAAUAAAUAACCAGACAGCAUCUCAACCUAAAAGUGAAUUCGAAACCAUUACUCAACUCUUAAGCCACAUUAAGCUUCUCCUUCGCCGUAAGACCUCAGCAAUGGCUGCCCUUGAUGCAGGGCUCUAUGCUGAAGCCAUAAGACACUUCUCCAAGAUCGUAGAUGGUCGACGUGGAGCUCCACAAGGCUUCUUGGCUGAGUGUUAUGUGAAUAGGGCUUCAGCAUAUAGAUCCGCUGGUAGAAUUGCUGAAUCGUUGGCAGAUUGUAAUCGUGCUUUGGCCUUGAAUCCAUCUUGUGUUGAUGCUCUUAGUACUAGAGCCUCUCUUUUUGAGACAAUCAGAUGUUUACCUGACUCACUUCAUGAUCUUGAACACUUAAAGCUCUUAUACAAUACGAUCUUACGUGAUCGAAAACUACCGGGCCCAGCCUGGAAGCGUCAAUACGUACAUUAUAGAGAAAUCCCUGGUAGGUUAUGUACAUUGGCCACAAAGAUUCAAGCCUUGAAGCAAAGGGUGGCUUCUGGGGAAACUGGAAAUGUGGAUUACUAUGCGUUGAUUGGUCUGAGGAGGGGAUGUUCGAGAUCUGAGUUAGAUAGAGCGCAUCUCUUACUUACUUUACGACACAAGCCUGAUAAAUCAAAUACUUUCAUAGAUAGAUGUCAAUUUUCGGAUGAACAAGAUGUUGAUUCGAUCAGAGACAGAGCUAGAAUGUCUUCACUGCUGUUGUACAGAAUGAUUCAGAAGGGUUAUACUAAUGUUAUGUCUACGAUCAUGGAUGAUGAAUCAAUGGAGAAGCAAAGGAAAACGACAUCUGCGGCGUUGCAAGCUACAGCAACAAUGCAGCAGCAAGUUCAUCAGGUACAACAAGACCAAGCUGAAUUACUCAAUGCAGCUUCUAUGAACAUAGUUACUUCAGAGUCAUCGAAUCUCAAUAGGGUCAAUAACAAAAGCACCCCAUCUGCAGCAGCAGCUGCUGCAGCUGCAUCAUCGGUGUUUCAAGGAGUGUUCUGUCGGGACCUUGCAGCAGUUGGAAGUUUGUUAUCGCAGACUGGGUUCAAUCUUCCAAUUGCAGUAAAAUAUGAGGCACUGAGCUGUUAAUUAUCAUACCUAUAUGUUCAAUAUCUGAUUCUGAUGAAGAUUAAUAAAGGCUCAGGGUGGAUCAGCCAAGAAGUUAAUCAGAUAUUACCAGCAGGGGCGUCUAUUAGUAUUGUAUUUGUAUAAAAUGGUUAUAUUAGUACUCCUGUUGGGGAAAUUUUGUCACUUGUUUCCCUUUUCUUCUUUCCCAUGUCCCUUUUCCUAUGUGUACAGACUUAAUCUCAGUACUGAAAUUCUAUAUUUAAAUCUUGUUGAACUAUUUAA